CAAAAACAAAAAACAAAACAGAGCUCCUCUCCAGAUCACAUUGUCUCUCUCUCUCUCUCUCUCUCACUUCUUGUUCCUCAUGGAUCCUUCAAGAACCAGAACUCUAACCAGACGUUCUGAUCCGAUCAACUUCCCGGCGAAGACAAACACUUCAUCCCGGCGAUCUUUAUCUUCUUCUUCUUCCUUCUCAUCUUUCUCCUCUUGCUCCUCUAGCUCCCUCGUGUUUCAAGGCGACUCUCCUUUAAAUUCUCCAGCGACUCCUCUUCGUCUCCUCGGUGUUCCAUUCUCAUGGGAACAGCUUCCGGGAAAACCCAAAGACUACUCUCAUAGACUCAACCACCGUCUAAAUAAAGAAUCUUCAGUUACACUACCCCUUCCUCCUCACCGGAGCUCACAUUUUCCGGGCACGGGAAAAAAUAAAAAAUCUAACAGUUUAAGUAAGAAGAACAGCUUCCCGGUGACUAAGAAAGAUCCCUUUGCGACUGCGUUGUUGGAGUGUUCCAAAGACGAUGAUGAUGAUGGAGAAGAUGAGAGGUUCCGAGGAAACUCCGGUGGAUCAAGCAAGGCAUUAACAAAGAGCAGCAUCGGCGACAGGUUCGGGUUAGUGAGUCUUUACGGUUCUUGUCGGAGAACUUGUACUGUUUCAGAGUCCAUUGUUUAUCUCCCAAAAACGAGAAAAGCUGCUUCUUAUGAUCAUCUGCUAACACGCCGUCGCCGUUGAUUCGUUUCCUUUCACGAUUUACUAUAUAUAUAUUUUAUCUUUUGAUUUUUGUAAUAGUUUUUAUAUGAUUUUAUCUGAAUGUAACAUAUUAUGGUACAUGAUUAUUUCAGAGUGACUUAUUCUCAAAAUAAUUUUAAAAAACUUCUUCGAGG